ACUGCUGCGGGAGAUCCGUUGACUGAAGUGUGUGGAGACUUUUUUGCGCAGGUUCUGCGUUCAUCUACUUUAAGGACAUGGAAUUUUACGAUCACAUCAUUUUAGACAACAGCUCAGACUCCGGGUCUGGAGACUAUUACUCUGACGAAUUUUGUGACCUAUCAGUCAGCAAUUACUUCCAAAAGAUCUUCCUUCCUAUUGUAUACGGGAUUAUAUUUGUCCUGGGAAUCAUUGGCAAUGGACUUGUCGUGCUUGUGAUGGGCUUCCAAAAGAAGUCGAAGAACAUGACAGACAAGUACAGGUUGCACCUCUCCAUCGCCGAUCUCCUGUUUGUUCUCACUUUACCCUUUUGGGCUGUGGAUGCGGUCAGCGGAUGGCAUUUUGGGGGAUUUCUGUGCGUCGCUGUCAAUAUGAUCUACACUCUGAAUUUGUACAGCAGCGUGCUGAUUCUGGCCUUCAUCAGCCUGGAUAGGUAUCUGGCAGUUGUCCGUGCCACAAACAGCCAGAAGUUUAGGAUUGUGCUUGCAGAAAAGGUGAUCUACCUUGGAGUUUGGCUCCCGGCGACCCUACUCACCGUCCCCGAUCUGGUGUUCGCUAAAGUCCACAAUACGAGCAUGAAUACUAUCUGCGAGCAUACCUACCCGCUCCAAGGGAACACGGCGUGGAAGGCUGGGUUCCGCUUCCAGCACAUCUUCGUCGGCUUUUUGCUGCCUGGUCUGAUCAUUCUGACCUGUUACUGCAUCAUCAUCUCAAAACUGUCCAAGAACUCCAAAGGUCAGACCCUGAAGAAGAAGGCUCUGAAGACAACUGUCAUCCUCAUCCUCUGCUUCUUCAUCUGCUGGUUGCCUUACUGUGUCGGCAUCCUAGUGGACACUCUGGUGAUGUUGAAUGUCAUUUCUCACAGCUGUUUCCUGGAGCAGGGUCUGGAGAAAUGGAUCUUCUUUACUGAGGCGCUUGCGUAUUUCCACUGCUGUCUCAACCCCAUCCUGUAUGCUUUCCUGGGAGUCAGAUUCAGUAAAUCUGCGCGUAGCGCUCUGAGCAUCAGCAGUAAAUCAAGUCACAAAAUGUUGACCAAGAAAAGAGGUCCUAUAUCAUCAGUAUCUACUGAGUCAGAGUCAUCCACUGUCCUGUCCAGUUAAUGGACACUUGUACAUAAAACUUUCCUACGUGGAUGACUAAGCUUUCAUUUUAUUUGUAUUUUAUUUUAAAAAGGACUUGACUACACUUUUUUUUUAUAUUGUAAUGUUGUUGUGUUGAUAAUUGUUAUUUUGUAACACUUAUUUUUCUUUUGUUUUUAUUCAACUGCAACUGCUACACCAUCUUUCUUUUCUUUUUUUAAUGAUAGUACUUUGUUUUUUGAGGUACAUUUAUUGCAAAGUCUGUAUACUUGCAGUUAUUCUCAGGAAAUUUUAGCAAACUGUUGCAUAGUCUUUUGGCUGAUUCAGAAUGUGUAGUGUAAAUUAUUUGUACAUAGUUCAUUGUUUGGCAUUGUGUGUGUGUGUGUGUGUGUGUGUGUGUGUGUGUGCACUUAACUGUUCCUAUUUCCCCAUAAGCUUUUUGAUAUUUAUUAAAAUGGUAGCCCACACUGUAUUUUUUUUUUUUUUAGGGGUUGUUUAAUCAUGUCAAUUGUUGCAUUCUGACUCCUGUUUGAUAAUAAAACCUAAAUAUCACAGAUUUUAA